AUGCUUAAUGGCCCUACGAUCUCUAGUAUUGCCGACCCAUCACACGCAAUCUUCGAAAACACGGCUAUCGCGGAGCCUAGGUCCCGCCUUGACGCUCACCGAUCAGUGGUAGCAGCCGUUUGCUACGGGGAUCGCAGUAUUGGCUGUCUCGUAGCCAUUGUAAAGUAG